GAACUCGAGACGCAGUUUGGUUCCUGACGUUGUUGGAAAUUGUCAAUGUGACGUCAUCACAAAGCAGCUGUUUUUUUCCUUGCGUUACACAAAUCUAAGAAAUAUGGCAAAUAAUUCGUAUUAUGGUGAAAAUAGUGAUGUGGCAGCUAUAUUCUUCGAUCUAGAUAAUACUCUUAUACAAACAAGAAAGGGGGACACUAGAGCCUGUAACAAGAUUAUAGAGAUUCUGCAGCAGGAAUACGGCCUGCCUCAGGAUGCUGCCGUGGAGAGCGGGACGAACUUCCUGCGCGCCUUCCGAGCCCGCCCUGACGAUGACACUUACGCUUUGGACGAAUGGCCGGCUCAUCUAUGGCGCAACUGCUUGCCCAAAAACUAUAGACAUAUCGCCAAAAAUAUAUCAACCCAGUGGGUAAAAUUAAGGUUUCAGUGUUUGGCAUUAACGCACGAAGUAAUACAUCUGUUGGAGACACUGAGGGAGGAUUACCUUCUCGGUCUGAUCACGAACGGGCCGUCUCGCGCCCAGUGGCAGAAGAUUCACCUGCUGGGACUCCGCAAGUACUUCGACUGCGUGCUGGUCUCCGGAGACCUGCCGUGGGAGAAGCCCGACCAGCACAUCUUCCUGGAAGCUUGCAAGCUGCUCAAGGUCGAGCCUCGCGUAUGCAUAAUGGUUGGAGACAAAUUGGAAACUGACAUCAAGGGAGGAAAAGAAGCAGAGUUAGGCGGCACAGUGUGGAUUCCGCUGCAAAAGGACAUGGAGUCUUCCGAUUUACCAGACUUCACGAUCGACAAAGUCACGGAGUUGCCAGAAGUGUUACCAAAUUCACCCAAACUCAAACGCUCCGAGCACACAUCUAACAUAACCUACUGAUAACUUAUUUUUCGAUGGCUGUAAUAUUCUACCUUUGGCAAUAUUUUGGAACACAUGGCAACACUUGGCAACUUUUAAUCUGUGAACAGUAUUCUACCAAAGUACAAAAUUUUAUUUACAGUACAAAUGCGUAGAUCUUAGUUUGACACCGCUAUUUAUAUAGCUUGGGGAUGUUAGUUACUUCGAAUUUAUUUUAUGCACCAGUUACCAUACAAAGCUUGCAUAAUCACAAAUCAAUGUAUACUCAUACAAAUAUUGCGUUACGAAUAUUUAAAAAUAUUUAUUUUUCUGUCUUCUUGUAGGUAAGAAUAUAAACGCCUGAUUACUUUUAAGGAUUUAAAGAAGCAUAUUUAAUGCAUAUUUUUAUAAGUAUUUCAAUUUUUAUUUUAAGUUUCGGUUGUACUCUAAGGUAACUUCUUAAGAGACUGUCUUAUAUGUGAUACUGAUAGUUGUAAAUGUUCUUGUAAGGUUUCUUGCUCGGUUCGAGGUUACUAAUUACAAAUAUCGAAGAUUAAAUUAUUAUACUGGAAUUAUGUCACAUGGGUGCUCACAAAGUGAUAUGGUUGUAGGUAUCGUCAAUAAAUAUCAAUAUAUCGUCGUUAGAUAUAGCCUGUAAAUGUCUGUAGACUGAUAUGUAUAUGAUGUACAUAGUAACAGUUGUGACCCAGUUGUUCCUUGUGUAAAUCUCUAACUUUAGUUAAAUUUUUAAUAUUCUAGACGUAAUGACUAUCACUCAGCUAGGCUUUAUUUUUUUAUAAUAAUGCCUACAUGUGCCAUGAUUAUAAAUAAAUGUUGUAGAUAUUUUAACUUGACUACUUAUAUUCUUUGACGAUCUGCCUGUACAAAUAGCAGCAUACUAAAUGUUAGGGAAUUCACAAAGGUAUAUUCAAUAGAGAUUCAAUAAAGUAAUUUUGGGUA